AUGUGCUUAAUAAAAUACCGUUACAACGUUUGGGUGUCAAUAUUUGUUUCCAUAAUUUUUUGUCGUAUAGCAAAAGCCGAUCGUCCAGCAGUACGCGCAUGCAAGGACAUCGAAGAAGCUGCACAGACCCGCAAUUUAAGCCUACGGGGCGGUGCUAAAAUAAAGUACCCGCAUAUGGCGCUCAUUGUCAAUGAUUCCGGAAAAAUCACUUGUGGUGGUGUUUUAAUUGAUAAGCGUUUCGUGCUUACUGCUGGAUAUUGUGCAAGCAAUCAUUACCUGAGCCCUGUUAAAGUGAUUUUGGGUGUGAUCGACACAAAUGACACACAGCACUGGUCCUUGCAGGAGGAAGUGCCAAUUAAAUCCACUUAUUUCCAUCCAAAAUACCGAUCUUUCGCUCCUUACGAUAAUAUCGGUUUGAUAGAAUUAACGCGAGAUGUGAGUUACAGCGCAAGUGUCUUUCCAGCUUGUUUAAAUACCGAGCCUUCGAAUUUUACUCGCGACACUGAACUAAUUUUGGCAGCUUGGAAGAGCAGCCUUACAGAAGGCUCUAAAAAGCGAUUACAACUACUUUCGACAACGGUAAAACUGAUUCCCAAUACGGAAUGCAAUGAGUUCUAUGCUUCUGUUCCUCGGCUGAGAAACGGUAUCGAUAGCAGUUUGAUUUGUGCUUCUCCGCCGGUGGAAGAUCUUUGUCACCGCAGACCCGUUGGGGCUUUGCAGGUUGCUAGUGAUGCGUAUAAUAAAAUUUUUAGAGUUGUUGGCAUUGAUGCAUUUGGUCCUACCGUAUGUGGGACAACUAUACCAGAUACUUUUAUAAAUCUCACAGAGUAUUUGGAUUUUAUUGAAAGUGUUGUAUGGCCGAGUACUUAGACGCUCA